AUGUCAAAUGAAAAACUUCCUUAUUCAUGUGAUACAUUUGUGGUUUUACCACCAUUAACAGAUUCAAAUUUUCAUAUAUUUGGUAAAAAUUCUGAUCGACCAGUAAAUGAAGUUCAAGAAAUUAUUUUUGUUUCUAAUGAACAUACAAGUGAUAAUAAGGAUUUUGUUCGAUGUACUCAUAUUCAAAUUCCACAAAUAUCAACAACUUAUCGAUGUGUUUUAUCAAAACCAGCUUGGAGUUGGGGUGCAGAAAUGGGUGCUAAUGAACAUGGCAUAUGUAUUGGUAAUGAAGCCGUAUUUUCAAAAGUACCAUAUGAUACACGAAAACCUUCAUUGACUGGUCUCGAUAUUGUUCGACUGGCAUUAGAACGUGCUAAAACAGCCAAAUCUGCUGUUGAAAUAAUUGGUGAAUUGAUUGAAAAAUAUGGUCAAGGUGGAGCUUGUUUUGAUGCAAGUGCGAAAAUGUCCGGCGGUUAUGAUAAUAGUUUUCUUGUCGUCGAUGGUGACGAAGCCUGGAGUAUUGAAACAUGUGAUCGUGUUUGGGUUGCUAAACAAAUUAAAGAAGGAUAUUACAACAUGUCAAAUGUAUAUGCUAUUGAAGAUGAUUAUAAUUUGAAAUCAAAUAAUUUAGAAGAAUUUGCUAAAGAAAAAAAUUUAUGGGAUGGAAAAGAUAAAUUAAAUUUUGCUCAGGUAUUUCAAGGUCCAUCACCAUGUACCGAUGCACGAUUUAAAGCUGGUCGUAAAUUACUUGAAGAUUUAACUAAAAAUGGUAAUUUUUCAAUUUUUGACAUGAUAUCUAUUUUACGUGAUGAUCAAGCUGGUAUUUGUGUAUUUGAUCAAGUUCGAGGUAUACAUACAGCAAGUUCUCAAGUGUCUGUUUUAACAACAAAUAAAAAAUCUCAAUUAGAUGCUUGUCAUUUUUUAACUGGAACACCAAAUUCAAAACGAUCAUUAUUUAAACCAUUUAUUUUUUCAAAUAAGGUUGAAUUAGGUCCAUUAACUGUUUCAACACCUGAAGAAGUAACAUCACAACGUGUUCAUCCAUUAUAUACAGCACAUCAGAAAGCUAAAUGGGAAACUGUCGAUCAUAAACGUUUACAAGAUUUUGAACAUGAAGGAAUUAUGGAAAUUAUUAAUAAACUUAAAUCAUCCGAAGAUGGUAAAGUUGAUACCUAUGAAACAUUAUUUCAUGAUACAGUAUCAGCUGAAAUAGAAUUUUUACGAGAACAUCCAUGUACGAAACGUUCUUAA